AUGACCCAAGCAAUCCGCAGAAGUUUGGUUCAAGGUAGGGUGGAUCAAGUUCCUGCAAAGCGCAGACGAGAGGAGAAUUACGACAACAAGCAGCAUGACUACAAGAAAGCACUCAUUGAAGCUGGAGAAAUGCAGCCGGUUGCAGGUAUGAAACCACCGCGCGGCGAAGGUACUCUGAUGGAAGAGAUAGACAAGAAUGGGCUCGAAAGGAUUCCAGAUCUGGCCGCAAUCCAGGAUAUGAGUGAGGAGGAGAAGAGAAGGUUUCGCAGUACAAGGUUCAGGUCAACACUCAUUGGUCCGAACAAAGCUACGAUACCAGACACAGCUUCGGAGACAUCAAGACAUGCUGAGCCGGUGCAUAGUGGCAAGGACGAUCACAAGACCGUGCGGACACCGCCAACAAAGGCAAGAUCAAAUGUGUUGACUCCACAUGCCCCUAAUCAGAAGAGCGAAGCCAGUCCUGUACGACAACCUGGUGCUAGUAAUGAGCUCGCGGGUUUGCAAUCGCGGGACGAAGCUUUUGACAAUACCAAUGUCGCAGACCCCAAACUUCGGCAGCAAAGCACUAGCAAGAUUACAUCUGAGAUACAAGCUGGUGUGGUCGAUACUAGAGAGCCUGUGGCGACGGCAAAUUUUGCAGCAGUUCCAAGCAAGGCAGAUAUGCUUCCGACCAAGCGCAAUAAGCGAAGAGGAGAUGAGGUAGAAGAUAAUGACAUGGUUCCGGCGAAGAGAACGAAGGAGCCAGAGACGGUAAAGGUGAACUGCGUCGCUAUGAAAAGACGGAACCAGAAAAUCAAGCAGUAUCUGAACGACCAACGAUUGCAUGUAGAGCAGAACCGCUUACCUGAGGAGGGUCUUACCUUCGUCGCUUAUGACGCCUACAGCAUACCUCUCCUUUGUUCGCGCUCUAUCAAUCAUUGGUACCCAUUCGAGAUCGUGAACAAGCCAUCUGAUAAGUUAAAAAGAUCUUCCGACAACGAGAGCGAAGCCGAAGUCUUUGGUCGCAAGAUGCUUGUUCUGCGGCAAGAGGCGCUCCGUUUGUCUAGGAAGAGAUUUUGGACGGCUGAAGAUCUGGGUCGCAAGAAGGCUUCGAAGAGGGAGUCUGCUAGGAUCAUUGACGACUGCGAUCUCUACCUAUACAAUGAUAAGGUUCACGUGGCUACUGAGCAAGGAUUGCUUCCAGUAGCAGUGUAUCUGAAGCUCAUAGGAGUACCAGACACGCAGCCAGUUCGCUUCGAAGGGCACAAACCGACUUGGAUGGGCCUCAUCACAACAAGGCCUGAGCGUCGACGAGUCCUGGAAACCUGGAAACCCACUUCCAGUUUGAGAGAUGGAGGCUGUAUCUCAAUCACGAGCGGUUCCAUAGUCGUGGUGUAUGAGCAUGGCAUCUUUGACACUGACAUCACGACUGGUGAAGAGUCUCAGAUGGCCUAUGGUGCGCGAAUGGACGACGGUGUCGCCGGUUGGUUCGUGUAUGCAAACACAUGUCGUAUGGACUGGCUUGAAGAUCCAAAGGAGGUUUCCCGGGCUACUCCUGCUCCCGCCAUAGUUGACUGGGCGAAAUUCGACUUCAGUCCUCUCGCAGCUAGAGCUGCAGCGCAACCAGCGGCGCUACCAACGCCGGCUGCUGUCGCCCAGGACACGUCAAACAACAAUGAAUACAGCGCAUUCCAUCUACCGAUAUCAAAAGCAUCAGUCCUUUCCACACGUGAUGAACCGGUUGUAGCAUCACCCGCGGAUCCAGCAAUAACAGCGGCCAACAAGCAAGAACUUGAAUUGAAUGGCGAGUCUACGCAGUCCAGUAUAUUGCGAGAGAGGGAGGCAUUUUCGCCGCUUAGCGUCGCGAGCGGACUCUCUCUAGGGCAUGAUAGUCCUAAUUCUCAGUCGGACGAGAGUGCAUCCGAAAGAGACAACGACGUAAUUGAAAAGACUCUUGAUUGUCAAUAUUCGACUACUAUCACGCUGCCUAGACAAGCUACCGACAAUAGACCUGCCAUUGCGCAAAAUACACCUAUAGUUCUGGGUACUCCAGCAUUUCGACCGAACGAACCUCAGUCAAAAUUGUCUAAGCAAGAAGAAGAUGUACUAGACUGGGAUGAUUUCGACCUCUGA